AUGUUCAAUCAAGAAAUAAAAAAUUCUAAACGAAAAUUUAAAUCAGAUAAUGAUGACGAAUGGUCUACACUAACACGUGAACAACUUAUUGAACGUUGUAAACAACUUGAUAAACAUGUUCAACAAUUAAGAAAUACAAUUCAUAAAACAACUGAAAAAGAAUCUCUUGAGAAAAAUAAUAAAAAAGCGAGACCAUUUGAUUUUAGUAAACAUUCAAAGAGACAUAUUUUUCUUAAAUUUAUUUAUCUUGGUUGGGAUUAUCAUGGAUUUGUUGUACAAGAAACAACAUCUCAAACAGUAGAAGAUUUUCUAUUUGAGGCACUCAUUAAAACACGAUUGAUUGAACAACGAGCAACAUCGAAUUAUCAUCGAUGUGGACGAACAGAUAGAGGUGUUAGUGCAUUCACCCAAGUGAUCUCAUUAACUGUUCGAUCGAAAAUUACUUCAGAAUGUACUGAAGAACUCAAUUAUGUACAAAUGUUAAAUGGUGUUUUACCAAGUUCAAUACGGUGUAUAGCAUGGGCUUCAGUACCAGAAGAAAAAUCAGCUCGAUUUGAUUGUAAAUCACGAUCAUAUCGAUAUUAUUUUCCAAAGGCAAAUCUUGAUCUUGAUCGAAUGCGACAAGCAUCUGUGGAUCUUAUUGGUACACAUGAUUUUCGAAAUUUCUGUAAAAUAGAUAUUACGAAUGAAGAACCAACAUUUAUUCGACGUAUUGAUAAUAUAACUGUUGAACAAUUAAAUUAUGAUAAUGAUUUGAAUAGUAAUAAUCCUGGUUAUCAAAUGUGUGAAUUAAUGGUGCAUGGCUCAGGAUUUUUAUGGCAUCAAAUUCGUUGUGUUGUUGCUAUUUUAUUAUCGAUUGGUCAAGGAAAAGAAGAGAUAAGUUUAAUUAAAGCAUUACUUGAUAUUGAAAAAUAUCCAUGUACACCAAAUUAUCAAAUAGCAUCAGAAUUACCUCUUGUUUUAUUUGAUUGUCAAUUUAAUGAUGUGAAUUGGAUCUGUGAUCAAAAUGCUCUUCGUAUAACUAUCUGUCAUUUACAACGACAUUGGUCAUCAUUUCAAAUUCGUGCUACUUUGAUUAAAUCAAUGUUAAAUAAUUUAGAAAGUCAAAUACUUGAUCAACAACAAUUACCAAUUUUAGGUCAACUGUCAUUGAUCGAGAAUGAUACGAAUUCAUUGAUAGGAAAUAAUAAUAAUAGUCGAAGAAAUUAUCAACCUAUAUUAACACGACCAGUACGAGAAAGUGUUGAAGUUAAACUUGAAAAAUUUCAAAAUAAAAAAGCGAAAUUAGGAAUAACAUCCGAAGAUCCUAAAGAUGGUGAUACAAAAAAUUCCAGUACUACUUUACUUAUUUAA